UGGAGCGAGGUCCUGUGGCGACAGCCGAGCUGGAGGCUGCUGCUGGUGGCUCUCUCCCGUCGCUUUGGCCGCUUGGUCCGUGUUUUUGGAAGCACAGCCCGCGUGGAGGGUCCGGGUGGAGGAAGCCACAGGAUUUCACAGAUAAGUUCUCCACAAAGCCUACGACUUCUGUGAGGUCUCCACUUGCCCUUAUGGACAGGCUCCAUCCAUGGCAGGGCUUCAAGCAUGUCUGAGCCACUGCCUGCUGGCUCACAGGCUUGAGCUCUGAAAGGAUGGGGACCUGCUGCCCAGCGCCAUGAGGACGAACCGCUGCAGCCACCUGCCUGGAGUGUCCCCAGAGUGCCCACGCCCUCCGGCCCCUGAUGGCAAGAGCCUGCCCGGCAGCAGUGGGGGCCUGACCACCAGCUGUCCCCCCCAGUAUGUCAUGCAGGUGUCCUCCAAGGAUGGGCAGCUCCUCUCGUCUGUCGUGCGCACCCUUGCCGUGCAGAGCAGCCCCUUCAAUGACCGGCCCAUCUGUAGGAUCUGCCACGAGGGCAGCAGCCACGAGGAGCUGCUGUCCCCCUGUGAGUGCACGGGGACACUGGGCACCAUCCACCGCAGCUGCCUGGAGCACUGGCUGUCCUCCUCCAACACCAGCUACUGCGAGCUCUGCCACUUCAGGUUUGCAGUGGAACGCAAGCCCAGGCCACUGGUGGAGUGGCUGAGGAACCCUGGCCCCCAGCACGAAAAGAGGACUCUCUUUGGGGACAUGGUGUGCUUCUUGUUCAUCACCCCGCUGGCUACAGUGUCCGGGUGGCUGUGCCUGCGCGGAGCCGUGGACCACCUGCACUUUAGCAGUAGGCUGGAAGCUGUCGGCCUCAUUGCACUCACUGUGGCACUCUUCACUAUUUACCUCUUUUGGACGCUGGUAAAUAACUAUUUGGAAUGAAGACUGAAUAUGCACUUCAGCAGAAUUCCUGAUUAGAAAAAAAAUCUGCUGGCCAGGGACAAAGAAAUAAUACAAAUCUAGCUGGGUCAGGAUGCUGUAUUUUAACACAUACAUACUUUAGGGUAAGUUUUCUUCAGAACUUUAUUACUGAUAAUAAUAAAGAGAGAAUUGUUAUUUGUUGGCUUUGCCUCAUGAAACUAAAAAUUAGGGUGAUAGGGAAUUAAGUGGCAAAACAUUCAGAGAAACAUUUAUUCAAGUAAAGCUGCAAAUAGAUCGGCACAGUAGCUCAUCUGUGGUUUUUUGGUUUGUUUGGUGUGUUUUUUUUUUUUUUUUUGUAUAAAGACAUUUUUAUUUACCUGAAGAAGGCAUAUUGAAGCAGAGAGAGAGAAAAAGCAUGGUCCAGUUUAGCACACACAUGACUAACCCAGUUUCUGUGCUUGAUGCAGCAGCACAGCAGAACUGCCUGGUGAAGUCAUCAGUGGUAAUGUCCCAUGGACUUUCUUGGAGGAAAAAAAAAAUGGCAAGAAAGAUCCAGUCAGACACUUACCAUUGCAUGAAACACAUAGAAAAAAGUAUACGUGUAUUCUCCCUUGUUUUUCCUAAAACACAAGAGUUGGGAGGUCAGAGAUAUUACUUCUUAAUCCCACUUGUGCUCUGAAGAUUUACAGACAGAAGUAUCUGCCAGAUGGGAGUUGAUUUUUCUUCCAUGAGUUGAUGCUGUAGAUGCCACACCAAACCCAAAUUUCCAUAAAAAACUGGAUCAUUAUAGCAAAUUCUCCUCAACAGCAGCAACACCCAUUUCUGUCUGAAUAGAAGUGAAAGACAGAAUUAACCACAGCAGAAGCCACAGCCAGCAAAGCUCCUGGCAGUACAAUGACACCAUUGUUAUAUUCUUCUUAAAAAACCAAAAUUAAUUAAAGAACAUAAGUAACAAAAGGAUGAGCGACAACCUUGCUAUUUUUUUAACAUCACUCAACUUCCCUCUCAGCAGCUUUAUGCUUUCUUCUCGUGCAGCUGACCUUGUACAGUAAAUUCACGAAUACAAGCCGCACUGAGUAUAAGCCGCAUCUCUGGGUGUUGGCAAAU